AUGGCAGAAGCAGCCAUCGACUCAAAUGAAGACCUGUCAGAGGAAACAGAGGACCUGGAACCUGUGGAGCAAGAUGAUGGUGGUACUUUCCAACAAGUCACAAACCUCCUCAACAUCAUGGACAGUGAGUCAGCAAAGACGGACACUGAUGGGGCAGGUCCCGACAUGCGGAAGGCGCUGGCCUCGGGGAUAAUCACGGAGAAAGCCAACACCGAGCCUUGUGUGGUGAUGAACGCUCUCAUCCGCUGCCUGCAGGUGCCGGAGAUUUCCACCCAGCGCAAAGUCAACAUUUACAACAUCCUCCAGGAGAUUAUCCAGCAGGAGGGGGAACUGGAGGAGCCGUGUGUCCAGAGGCUGGUCGCCAUCGCCUCCCAGGAGAUGAGGGAGAUCUCUGAGAUGGAAGGCUAUUUGAGGGCAGAGGUGGCUAGUGACACUCUAGUGUCUCUGUCCCGAAACCACUUCAGCUUGGUCAUGUAUGAGCUGCAGCACCACCUCAAACCCCUCGACCUCACGGAUGAAUUUGUCAUCGUCACCCUGGCGAAGCUGGCCCAUGGCAAUGUGUUUGAGUUCAUGCCCUACAUGGGCAUUACCCUGGCUACCAUAUUCACAAUGCUGAGACUCGCCAACGAAGCCAAGAUGCGCCAGGUGAUCUGUAGUGCCAUAGAGACCUUCUGUGAGACAGUGCAGUUCUACCUGAAGCAUCUGGAGGACAGUGUGUACCCCGUGAUGACCGAGGAGCAAUUUGCUGUAAAGCUCUUCCCAAUGUAUCGCUAUUUUGUGACCGUGUGGCUGAGGAACCAAAACCCAGAGGUGAAGCUGGCGAUCAUCAAGUCCCUGAAGCCCAUGCUGAACCUGCUCCUGCCCAACGAUGACCUGCGGGAACAGGUGUACGACUACAUCCCCCUGCUGCUGGCAGAGUACCAGAGCAACCUGGAGGCCAUCUUCAUCACACAGGUCUUGAGGCAGAUCUUGGACAUGUCGGUCAUCACCAGCACCCCCGUCCCCCAAAUGCAGCUAAACACCAUUUUCACGGAGCUGCACGUCCAGGUGUGCACCAAGGCCCCUGCCCAGCAGCAGUACAGCAGCCAGAACCUAAUGGAGAUCGUACACUGCUUCAUAGCCCUCGCCCGCUCCUACCCCAAGGAGCUGAUGAAGUUCUUCCUCAGCCAGGCGGAGAUAAGCAAGGAGGCCACCCGCCUGGGGACCCUGACUCUGAUUAGGGCAGUGGUGAGCGCAGAUGAGCCCAGAAUGAAUAUCAAGACCAUCUACCUGGCCAUCCGGGUGGUCAAGAACACCCUCUCUGACACGCGCUCCAAGGUGAGGAUGGCUAUUCUGCGUGUCAUCGGCCAGCUGGUUCUGUCUGGCUUCCAGGAGCGGAUCAAAGGCUGGGGCCUGAAGUACGUGUCCAUGCAGCUGACCCUAUCCACCUACAAACUGACAAAUCGCCGGGAGAGCUUUUAUCAGAAGGACCUGGAGGAGAAGAUGGUCCACAAAGUCACCAUGGACACUGUGAGGAUCAUAACCUCUUCUGUCAGUGGGAUGACCAACGAGUUUUGGGUUCGGCUUCUGUGCUACAUCAUGGAGACGGACUUCACUGAGGCCUUGACCCCUAUCUGCAUCAGCCUCACCAACCUGGUGGAGCAACAGCUCCACACCAAGGACGUGGAGGCCAACGUGGCUGGCAGGAGCAGACACGUGGACCUGCCCGCGCCCCAGAAGCUGCUAGCCCGUCUCCUGGUGCUGAUAUCGUCCCCCUACAAGGGGGAGGGCCGCGGGAUAGCCAUGCUCAACCUCCUGAGGACCCUGAGCCACAGCAUCGCGCCCGCCAUGGCUGACAUGUGGGAGCUGGAGAUCCCACUGCUGGUCAAGUACCUGGAAGAACAUACCGAGUUUACUUGGAAUCAGAAGACCUGGGAGGACAAGCUGAUUCAGUUUCUGAGAAGCUCCCUCAAGAAGACUCAAGGUUCCAACUGGAGUCUUCGUCUGAGCAAAGAGCUGAACAACCAGAUUGAGAGCUUUGACAGCCCCUCUCUGGAGAAGGGCUUCCUGUACCGGGCCCUGGGCUUCACCUUGGCCACAGGCCUGGAGGCCGACAAGGUGGAGGUGCUGCUGCUGGAGCUGCUGUACAAGACGGACUAUGGCAAUGACUUCGACCGGGAGGGCGUGAUUCUGUGCUUUGGCCUGUGUGCCCGGGGCCAGGUGAACACUGUGCUGAACGUGCUCCAUGACUUUGAGGAGAGGAUCCAGGAGUCGGAGCAGUCCUGGCAGAUCGGCGCUUGGCGGGAAGACCAUCCCUGGAGGCGGGAAACUGUGAAGGGCGCCCUCAUGGUGAUAUACAGCUGUGUGGCCACAUACUGCCACCCGCAGAUGCUCCUCACUCACGUGGACAACCCUCUUACUAAGAAGAUCAUUCACCACUACACCAGCAGCUGCCAGGACAUCUUCCUCAAAAUGGCCUUCAUGAAGAGUGUGGUGCAAGUCACCAACGCCAUCAAAAACGUCAAGGACCUGGGGGACUUUCAAUUUGCCCAAAAAACGACUCUUACUGCCAUUAUAAUGGCGAUCAUCAAGGCGGAGCCGACCCACAGCCUGGCUUCUCCCGUGCGGACCAUGGCGAUGGAUGCGCUCUCGCACCUGAGCAAAGUGAAGCCUUUCUAUUCUACAGAGGAAAACAGUGAGCUGAUGGAUGUCUGUACACAUUCUUUCAUUUCUCUCCAACCCCCAGGAGAGGACAAUGAGUCCAGUAAGACCCUGUACACGAACGCCCUACAUUCCCUGGAGCAGCUGAUGGAGAGCCUCAUGCAGAGGCAGCUGGACCCGAAGGGGCUGCAGGAGAUGGUGCACCUCAUGGAAAAGUGGAUCUUGUCGGAGAAAGAAUGGGAGAGGGAGAAGGCAAUGAAACUCCAUCUCCAUCUCAUGCAGAUCUAUGUCCAAAGCAUCGGCGUCUGUAUUCCCCUGAAGCUGGGGCAGUUUGGCACGCUGGUUGGACUCAUUGCCCCGUGCACCUGUGACUCUCACAGAAGAACUCGUUUGGCCUCAAUGGAUGUCCUGUCCAGCCUGCUGGAUCUUCACGCAAGCCAGACCUGCUCCUCAUGGGAUGCUUCCAAGGAGUUGGAGCUUGCGAGGUGUAAGGAGGACCUCCAGGGCUUGGACAUGGACGUUUUCAGUGCGUCCGCCAGAAUCGCCAAGGUGGCUUGCGUGCAGUUUAAUUGUGAUGAGGUGGUCUCGCUCAUCCAGAAGCUCUGUGAAAACAUCGGAGCCAUGGACCUCCAGCACGACAAGGCCUCCGUCACCUGGAUAGGCACCUUCCUCCAGAUGCGGGUCAAGGAGCUAGAGGACAAGGUGGCUGAGAUCCUGGGUGCCAUCCUGGUCCACCUGCCCGUGGUGGAUCACCUGGAGGUGCGGGGCCUCCUCAUCCAGGGCAUCCUCCGGCUGGCACACUACCACCAGGAGACAGUCCUCACAUCGCUCCUGAGGCAGCCUCUGCCCAUGGAGAGCCACCUGAUGGAGGUGUGGCUGGCUGUGGCGGAGAAUGUGCCCUUUGCCCGGACGCUGCUGCACCGACUGAUGGGCAGGCUGCAGUCGCGGUUCACCCCCAGGACCAACGCUGCCUCCAAGGCCGACACCUGGCGCCUGGCCGCAGUGGACCCGCUGAUGACCCUGUGCACCAUUCACCUUCUCAUCGAGAAGAUGGACAAGGAUGAUAAGCUCCCGGACCUCUUCCCGGACCUCAUCUACACCCUCCUGCUGCAGCUCAGCAGCAGCCAGGGGCCGGAGGCUGUGUCACCUGUCCUGAAGACGUGGAGACUUGUCCACACGGGGACCCUGCCCGAGGAGAUGAACCUGAAAAGGAUCACCAUCAAAUGCAUGCAGCUUUUGUUCAAGAGACUCAACAGUGAGCGGCUGGUUGAAACCCUUGAGGAGCAGGGCGUGUGGGCCCUCCUGGAGAGCAGCUCGAACUUCCUGCAAGGAGUGGGCCUGCUGGCCAGGCUGUACAUUCAGAACGUGGAGGGCUACGGACGGAGGCUGUCAGAGCUGGUGCUCAGAGGCAUGGACUCGGAGGUCCUGGGCUGCCGCGUCAGCAGCACGGUGGUCUGUGUGGAAUUCAUGAGCGGCCCAAUUCUGUACCAGGCAAAGCUGCUGAAGCCCGCUGUGCUGCUGCUGGAGAAGGGUGUGGACCAGCAGGAGGAGGCCCUGCGGGUGCUCUCCCUGCGUGCCCUCGGCAACAUGGCCCUGGGCGCCCCCAAGAAGGUGAGGCAGUACCGGAAGCUGCUCCUGGUGAAGUGCCUGAGCUCCCUGAGGGAGCUGUGCAGCACCAGCGUGUCCUCCGAGGGCAUGGAGGCCCUGGCCAAGGUCCUGGCCGAGCUCCGGGAAGGAGACGUGGGGUCCUUCUUCAACGCCAUCUCCGAGCAGUGCAGGGCCUUCUUUGACAACGAGAGAGAGCAGCUGCGCUUAAAAGCCUUCCUCCUCUUUGGGAAACUGGCAAAGAUGGUCAGGGUUUCCAAGAAGCAUUUCUUCAAGGAGGAAGUGAAGAAAGCCUGGGUACCCCUCAUGCUGCACUGCCAGGACCCCUGCUCCAAUGCAGCCCAAGCCUGUAUGGCUACCAUGUAUCAGUGCAUGCGCUUCUGGGGCUGGAAGGCCCUGGAAGACUCCUUGGGGCGACGCAAUGCCACUGGGGCUGACCAGAUGACCGUUUUCCAGAUGACCCUGUGCUCCAUCCUGACUCAGAAAAAGCCUGCUGUUCUCUACAGUUUCUUGCUAGAAACAAUGACUUACGUUAAAAGUAACUUUUCAAGGAUCAGAAUCGCUUCCUGCAACCUAGCAGGAAUUAUCAUGAAGCAGAUGUCUACACAUUAUCUGAAAAAGCUGGACUUCCCGGCAUUACGAAACUCUCUCCAGGAGCUACAGUUGGACUCGGAUCCUGGGGUCCGGAGGGCCGCCCUGGAGACUCUCAAAAUCUUAGAUACCUGUAGUCGGCACCAGCUUUUGACUUCACCAGGAGGAAUGACUGUGUGA